AGUCACCCCAUUGCAGCUUUUUUCUUUAUCGCGUUUCGACUAGGCGCACUCCUAAUGUAUUUGUUGGGAUCGAUUUUCACAGACAACUUUACGCUCGUCUUUGUUGUGACAAUCCUUUUACUUGCCUUUGAUUUUUGGACUGUAAAAAACGUUUCUGGACGUUUACUUGUUGGUCUCCGCUGGUGGAAUGAGAUUCAGGAAGAUGGUUCUAAUCGAUGGGUUUUCGAAAGUGCUCAUCCUAAUCGAAAGGCUAACUCCGGAGACUCGCGUCUUUUCUGGUCCGUUCUAUAUGCAACCCCCGUUCUUUGGGUGCUUCUGGCUUUGACAGCGUUGAUUACUGUCAAGGCAUCUUGGUUGGUUAUUGUGGCAGUGGCACUUAUUCUGAAUGUGGCCAAUGUGUAUGGUUAUACUCAAUGUGACAAGGAUGCUAAAAGAAAGUGGGCAACUGGAAUGGCUGCUCAGUCUGCAUUUGGA